AUGGAUCACGCCUGCCAAAACAGCCUCUAUGACGGUCACGAAAAUGUUGUUAUCUUCAACCGAAGCGCUUCGCGAUGGCGAACGAUCCUCUCCCAGGCGCAAAACAUGACCGAAAUCCCGAAACAGAGUCUAGAUCUGACGAGAGCCCUCGGCCGCAUCCCACGUUUGCCCGAUAAGAUUACAAGCAGUUCAAGAUGGCUCGAGGGAUUUUCCACCUGGGGGGAUUCGAAUUGCUCCUGCUCAGUCAAAACCAAGCGAGAACGAAAGCAGAGGUUAUUCCUGACAAAGCUUCAUCCGACAAGUUGUUCGAUAUCGGCAUCAUCUAAUUUCCGUGUCUGGGAAACGAAAGCAAAUAAUGGCAUCGCAUUGUUGACGCUGGGUUGGGCGUAUAUUUUGAGCGCUAGUUUGGCCGAAAGACAGGGUCUAUCGAUGGAGUAUGGGCCCUUACUCGCGUCACCCGCUUCCUCGACAGUACUUGACCUCGGAUACGCUUCUCCUAGCGAGCUAAGAUGGUGGAAGGCUAUUAUAACACCCGGACUUGGUUGGUCUGUCACGGGGUCAAGAUUGACGCCUUGGGCCAUUACGGUUAGGAACCUAGAGAUUAGGAUUGGAGGCACCGCCGAAAGCCGCCCGCAACCACCCACAGCACAGCAAGCAGCGUGCUACCUAUCGAGGCUUUGCGAUGCUUAUGAGUUAGGCUCUCAGUGUUCAGCGGCUCUUGCUGCAGCUCUUACUAUUCCACUCCAUGCCAAUACGACACCUCUGAAAUCUGCCAUGAUUGAACUGCCCAAGCCGUCAUUCACCAUUUACUACGAACAUUCAGAAUCCUCAAGGAGUGUUCCCGCCGAUUUUCAUCUGAUCGACUACUACAUGACCUUGAGUCUCUGUCCAUGGGUCUUGGGCCCUUCCCUUUGGAGCAUUUUUUGGAGCCCGCAUGUACCAUGCAACCGCGUAGGAGCCUGGAUGGCGCCCAUUGUCGACGUCCUCGAGCCAGUCAUUCAAAAUGAUGACAUGGAAUUGCUCGCCAAAAUCUUUUCUUUCAGCUCCUUCUCGUCAUUGUGGCUAGGGCUCAUGCUUUGUGGCCGAGGGGCAUUCAUCAGAUCGAUCUUACCCUCCUUGACCAAAUUACGGGAUUAUCCCUUCUUCCGUCCCAAUGUCGACGCUGCAGCCUGGACGGGCGUAGCCCAGUCCUUCAUAGAUCAUGGCCUGUCUGGUCCUGCCGCCGACGGCACAGUGUCUAGGGCAGAUGUAUGGCGGAUGCGUCACGACUUCUCAGACCUUUACCAAGACGAGACAUUCUCUUACACUCCACCCUAUGGAUGGCCUCCAUUUGGAAGAAUGCGAGCCGAAGAUGUCGAGCUCGAGAUUCGAGGACAUCUUGCUUGCUUGCACCAAUGGAGAUACAUGCAUUGGACUUGGUCGUUCAGCGGGAGCACCGAUACCGGUUUCUCUUCAAGGGGUAUGCGAACUCAGCAUCCGGACGGAGAAUCGACAGCUGCUGGUAAAGAGAGUAAUGUCCAGAUUAAUGAUGGAGAGCUAGUACGCUCGAUUUCUCAAACUGCUACAGAGGCUGUCUUUCGGUGGAGUUGCGAUCAAGUUGAAAAAGGCUUUGGUGGGACCAUCGUCCCUCGCCGUUGUGGACCCAACGAACCGCUGGAGAACACCCAGACCUAUGAGCCUAAAGACAUGGGUUUUAUUCAGGCGUGGCUCAAGGCCAUCGAAGCUUGA